UCGCAGUGUACGUUUUGUUUUGAUUGAUACCACGCGGACCAAAAACAUUAAUUCGUUUCAACUAGCCGGAUUUUUGUAUCCGUGAAUAGAAUUUAUAGCUUGUGUACAUUGCACCAAAUUACCUAAAAUGGGUAAGAAGGUAACUUCCGAUCUAACAACCCGCAUGCAGGCGAUAAACGAUGAAAUGGAAUUCUACAUGGAACUGUUCAACAUUCCGGAAUCCAAAGAAGACGAUGAUGAUGAGUCUGAAUAUUUGUUGGACACUGAUGAUGGCGCCAAGAAACAGCAUAUGAAAAGCAUGCAAAAUAGCGAAGAGGACAAAGUACACCAGUUAGAGGUUAAGAAAAAUAAAAUCACCGGGAAACAUUUGGGCCGCAAAAGCAAAGCGGGCACGGACAGCAACAAAGCCGAACGCAAGAAACUGAAAAAGGAAAAACUGCUGAAGGAAAAGCUAAAGUCGAUCAACAUGAUGGCCAUAAAACAGGAGCGUAGCAAAUUAGUCGAACAUAAGCCGCUGGAUGUAAAGAAGGAAAAGAAACCGGAACCAAUAUUCAAUGCGGAAGGAAAGAUUGUGUUCUCCAAAGUUCAGCUGGAUGAAGGCGAUGUUCGGAAGAGAGGCAUUGAAACGGAUACGAAAAAACUGCUGAAGAAGGUAAUUGACAACAAAAAACAGCUGGCCGAGUUGAAGGAAUCGGGCGAUUUGGAGAAGUACGCAGAAAUAAAAAAGAAACAGGCAUGGGAGAAGGCAUUGGCCAAAACUGCCGGCCAAAAGGUACGCGAUGAUCCGGAACUGCUGUCGAAGAAAAUCAUGCAGCGCAAGAAGCAGAUUAAAAAAUCGAAGGAAAAUUGGAAGGAACGACAGCAAAAGAUGGAACAUCAGCAAAACCAGCGGCAGAAGGAACGAACGGCCAACCUGAAGGAACGUGCUCAAAAGAAAAAGAACACCAAGCUGAAGAAAAUGGCCAAGAAGGGACGAAUCAUACCUGGAUUCUAGAAAUAUACACGUAUAUAAGUCGUCGGAAAAUGAUGCGGAUUUAGGGUAUUGUUAUUUUUUUCGCACUUCCGCAUUUCUAAUGAGCGCGCGCCCUAUAGUUAUCAUUUCAAAGGGUGCGUCACACACGUGUAAAGUAUUUCUAAGAACGCUCUGCUCUGAUGCGAGAAGCUUCCUACACUCUAAAAUAACUAACUGCGCUUCCGUUUUUCCAUCACACACCGGUUGAAUGAACUCUAAAAAUAUUUCUUUGAACGUACGUUUCCCUUUCCGUUCGUCAUUUGAACGUACGUCAAACGCUGUCCACGGGCGUUUCGCGUGCGACCUACAAGUAGCGUGCUCGAAAGAACACACUGGAGUGGAACAGGUCGCGUAAAUGUUUAAGGACUUGUCGCUUUAAUCGCUUUACACGCUCCGUACGAAGCUGUCCUACUCUCGUUGCACUUGAG